UUUUUUUUUCGUAUUUCUCAUCAGUCAAUCUGAUACCUGGCAAUCAACCCCAUCUCCUCGCAAUCUGUCCAAUCGAGUAACAAUAUCGAUUCUUUUUUGUAUUUUUACCACUCUUGUAAACCACACUCGCUCUUUACAUCUAUCCACCUCUUCCGUCAUUCCUAUACUGUUUCGACUGCAUACAAACCUAUGCACCAUCUAUUACUCAUCAAUCCUUCAUCCUAAAACAACGUCAUCAUAUUUUUGUCCUCUUCCCCUCCCUUGCAGGCAACAAUAACAGAACUUGCUUGUCUUGCCUGCACAACUGAUCUCACAUCUCAGCAACUGCAAUUACUCCUCUUUUGAUCCCUGCCCUUUUCAUUGUCUUUUGUCUUCUACCUCAAUUCGUAAUAAUAACAUCCAUUAUGGGCUUGAGCCUUAUUGGGAUCCUCAAAGUGUCGCUCUGGCUACAGACGGGAUCAUUGUUAGCCUUGACCUAUUUGCUGGUUGACUCCGGUGCAUGGAUAGGAGCUGGAUUGACGGCCAUUGGCCUAUGUUUUGUAGUCAUUGGCGUCAGUGCCGCACAUAUCAGGAGUUUAGGAUACCUCUAUUGUUAUGCAGCACUACUAAGCAUCUGGGCAUUCUUGGCUGUCCUCCACGUUAUAAUAAUUCUAGGCCUGAUUACCAUAUCAAAGAACUUGAUCAGCCCAGUCUUAUUAGUGGGUCAAAAGAUCAUCGAGAAUGCUUCACAUCCCUUCAAGACCGCUGUUUCCGCAUUCUAUGGGGUCCAUGCAGUUUCUUGCUGUAUCUCCAUAAUGUGUAUUAUUUGCUUACGCGUGGCAACCAUCGAUCCGGUUAGUAAAUUCGACAUUCAAAACCCUAAGGGAAGACUCGAAAGCAUUCGUCAUAGCCUUCAUCAUCAUUCAUUGGGACAAAUUGAUGGUAGCAACAGCAAUAGUAGCAGUAACAGCAACAUUACCAGCCGCUGCAACAAGGGGAUCAGCCAAUUAAGCCAACGUCUCCUCGGGUUGGGGCAAGCAGCCGUCGCUCCACUCGAGAGCACGAACACUGGACAGGAUAAGCCAAGGGAGUUUGCUAACAUGCAUGAACCACAUUACCAGGAGCGGCCUCCAAGUUGCAAAGUACGAGAGCCUCAACAUGGACAUGAGAAAGACAGAAGGACAUUGAGCAUGGACAGCAAUGUUAGUCAUCUUCCACAAGAGGAAAGAGUACCCCAGAUUGUGAUCACACUUGAGGAUGAUGGUGCUUGUGAGUUCUUGUCCAACAGGGCUCCUAAUACUGCUGCAGCCCCUCUAUCGAUAGAGCUGAAAUCAGACACCACCAACAGAGACAUAACCAUCUAUAUACCGGACCAACAUUACGAUUUAGGAAACUCGUUGUUAGAAGGAUCGAGCAAGCCCUCAGAUACCAUUCACGAAACCAUUCAAUCAGGAAAAUCAGUGAAGACAACACCUAAGGAUGAUGUAUACAUAGGCUCCGCAGAACAACCCUUGACCAAAAUCAAAAGCGACAAACUUGAGCACAUAAUCGAGGGUUUCGAAUAUAUAUCUCCUGGAUUAUCAAACAUCACAACAUUGGAUGGUAUACCAAGGCAGAACCAAGUACAAAAUUAUCAAUGUCUUCACAAUGACUAUGAAUUUCCUUCGAGCAAGUCAUAUAUACCGGUUUUGGACUCCGGGACAUCAACUGAGACUGAAAUGCCUACGAAUUUACAGCAAAGGCGGCAGUUGCAACAGAAAAACCAGGAAUUGAAUCAGCAAAAAAGCAUCCGAACUUCUCAUGGAAACGAAAGUAGCUACACUUUAAAGCCUUCAUCACGCCCUGCUACCCCUAUACGCCAGUCCUCCAUAAGCCAGCAGCGACUUUACAAGAUCGGAGAAGAUGAUGAAAUCGAAUUUGAUACCGAAGAUCGUAGCCAAAAUUAUAAUCGUCGCAUUUGUGGUCAGAGACCAGCGAUCCAAGUAAAUUUCACAGAUACCCAUAUUUACUUGAUAAACAAUGGGAGAAACGGUGAUAAUGUGGAACUUCCGCAAAGUACGAACGAACAAAGGCUCGACAUCAUUCCAUUGCAAUAUCGGCAGGAAAGAAUCAAUGGAGACUACACCUUUACAGAGAAUGAGAUCAUUCCAAUCACUAGUAUUAAAGGACGGGAUUCGAUGGCUAGUAGCACUUCCGGCCUUGCCAACAUUGCUAGCAUGUUUUCAAAGACAAAGAAGCAAGGGCCAGCAAAUGUCUGUAACAGCAGCAGCAGCAGCAACAGGAAGCCCCUCGGCACUUUUGUGAUCCCGACUAUUAUAAUAUACCCAGAUGAAGAAGAAAACAAGGCAGCCCGUGUACUUUCAGAAAGGGAUAUUGAAUACCUGUCGAUGAUGCCACCAGUACCGUUGCGGCCAUUAAUUCAGCCAUGGGAGGACGCGGGGCAUGAUAACGACCAUUAUGAUGAAGCUGCGGAUGAUGGCUAUAGUAUUGAAGAAUAUGAUAUGUAUGGACAUGAAAAAAGUAGAAUAGAGCUUGAUAAUGAGAACGAGCUUCGCCAACAGCGUCAACAGCAGCGCCAACAAGAGUAUCAACAUCAUCAUCAACGGCUCCAGGAACAUGCGACUAUCGAUGGAGAGUUUGAUCCAUAUGCAUUAGAUGUUCCUAUAAAUUUGGAGAUAGACCUUAAUGGAUUGACUCAUGGAGACAUGAUCACAACUCUCUAA